UUCCAGACAUAGGUUUAUAAAUACGCUUUGUGGUAACUUACACUAAACUCCUUGUCCCUAUACCCACGUGAGACAUAUAGAUAUACUGUAUAUAUACGGAGCGCGUUUAACAUAUAUAUCGUAAACGCAGAGGCCUAAGGUUCUAAAAUCAGCUGUUGUGUAUAUCCUAAAUCAGUAUUCAUAAACGACUAAGCCAGUUUUUACAAGCCAUAGAGACAAAUCGACCAUAAGUCUAAAAAUGAAACUGUUAAUUGAAUACUACAGGUAUAAUAUACACACGUGUAAGCAGAAUUGAUGUGUAUUACGGUUGUGUGAAUCACACACAUGUUUAGUGAAUGUGUUACAUUACGGAAGUGCAGUGAAAAUAUUGAACAUAACUGGGUUUACACUUCAUGAACGUUUUGUUGGAUAUUAUUUAUAAAUCACUUGUAUCGGCUAAAUGUGUAAAUAAUCCAACUGGAGGAAGUGUGAACUACUACACACGUGUAAAGUUGUGCGUAUAAAUUAUGCACAUAGAAGAUGCAUAAAAUGCAUUUGGAUUAGAAAAAAUAUCUCAUGAACGACAUUCAUUAGCAAAUAAUUGCAAUUUAGUUGACACCAUCGACGUAUAUCUUGCUCGUGGGCAUUUUGACAAAUGUGUUUAUCCAACAGCGUUCAAUAAAUUAUCGACCAUCCUACUGUGUAUUCAUCAAACCAAUUAACCGAUAUUGUUCCUGGUUAUGGCGAUGACACUUUUCUCCGACAUUGGACGAUCCCUGGUUGAACCAGAUUGGCUAUUCGAAUAUACACAACUCAUAUAUAGGAACUCCCUUCGGUGUUCUUCAAGAGACGUAAUUGGGACUCGAUAAACCGAAGGAGACGACCAGCACACAACCGUGGUGUUUCCAUUAGUGUUGAGUGUAAUAUAGAUGUUUUACCUUCCAUAGGGCUGCAUAACAGGUGAUAUCAAUUUUCGUGUGUUCAUUACACGAACUUGGACUAAGAAGUUAUAACACGUAAUGGCGUUGGAAAUAUGACAAUGGAUACUUUGCAUCCCAAAAUGGAUUUGUAUGAACUGAACAGAUAUGAAGCCAUUCGGCGACUUCCGGUUGUUUUAUUUAUAGGUGUGUUGGCCUUGGCAGGUAUCUUUGGGAAUCUACAUGUGUUGUAUGUAUACACAACGUGUUUUAAACCUUCCACAUAUCGGGUGUUUGUUUUGCUACUUUCCAUUAUAGACAUGUUGUGUUGUUGUGUGUCUAUGCCGUUUGAAAUGGUUGACGAAAUAUUCCCUUUCACCUAUUCGGAAAUAAUUACCUGUAAGGUAUUUAAAUUCAUCAAUACUGCGGUUGCAGUAGCGUCAGCCUUUACACUUGUUAUGAUAGCGUCCGAGAGGUAUCGAAGGAUUUGCCGUCCGCACGAUACGCAGAUGUCGGAAACCAUGGCUAUAUAUUCGUCAAUUGGCGUGGUGAUGGCGGCGGUGGUGGUCACUUUUCCCGCCUUAUAUGUGUACGGACGCAAAACAGUACCAGACAUCCCAGUGCCUGGACAUAAUGUUUCUGUGUACAACGUCACCGGUUUUGAAUGUACUUGGGGUGAUCACAUGGAUGGAUCAAUUUAUGGCUAUGUGUACUAUGCCUGGGUUCUGCUCUCAAUUAUAGGGUCCAUGAUAGCUCUUGGUAUUUUAUACAGUAUCAUCGGCGUGAGCUUGAAAAAACACAAUAAUUUCAUGAGAGUCACGUUGAGAAAUAAAACCAGAAGUGAGAUUGUUAGCAGUAAAUCUCUAGUACCUGUUCAAAAUACAGAAAAUACUAAUCGUGUUUCAUCAGAGCCCAGGAAUGUUGGGAACGCAAGAUGUUCAAAAGGGAGUAAAGAAUUACUUGUACCGGAAGUCGAUAUGCGUCAUUCGACCGCAGAGGUUAAAAAUGAAUCAAGAAAAACCGGAAAUAAUCUCAUCAUACCCAAGUCACCUGAGGACAACACAUCCGGAAUACGGAUUUCCGACCGUCGGUCAUCAAAUGAAAGUGCGUACUCCGCCGCACAGUCAAACCGUACAUCACAAGCUCAUCAGAAACCCCAGGAGACCGCAAUAAGCGAUAAAGAACAAAGGAUUACCAAGGUCCUGUUUGCGAUAACAAUGUUGUUCGUCUGCAGUUUCCUUCCCUAUAUUAUCAUAAUGAUCGCCUAUUUCGCAGACUCGUCGUAUUCGGAAGAUUUAAACACUACAGAACUUGUUCUAUUUCUUAUCAGUUUCAGACUUUAUAUGAUCAACAGUGUAGCCAAUUCCCUGUUUUACGGGUUCUUUGACACAAAGUUUAGAAAUCACGUAAAGCGACUGUACCGAUCAUUCUACGACAGAUGUAGACGGUUCGUGCCCGGAAAACACUCGUAGGCGAAGAACAGGUAUUUGUUCAUUCAAUUUAAUAAUUUAAUUUAAUAACCAUUCAUAGACCGAUCGACGGUUAUUAAAUUAAAUUAUUAAAUUGAAUUGGUAUUAUCUGACCAUUACCAUCUUUUCAGAAUUGCUAAUAUGUAUAAGUGAAAUUGCAUUUCGUAUUCAAAUUAACAAUGUCUUGAUAUCUGCGCCGAUCUCAGUUUUUUUGACUUGCGAAUUCAUAAUGUCGGAAUAUCUUAAAAACUUCAAUAACAUUAAAAUGCUUAAUUGUG